UGGUCGGCCACACACUGCUGCUGAGCGGCCGGGCCGGCGGAGGGUGGGCAGGCGCAACCGUGUCGGGCAAACGCACCAGACGCCGCAAGCGAGCGGACGCGACGGAGGAGCCGCGGUGCGGGGACCGGCGCACGGCUAGCACGAGCUCGGACGGGGAGCAACCGCAGGGUGCGGGUGCAGGGCUGGGGAUCGGUGUGGAGGAAGCUGCCGGCAGCAGCAGCAGCUCGGUGCCGGACGAGCAAGCCAAGGGUGAGGAAACAGCAGCAGCAGCAGCAGCGACGACGGCGGCGACGACAACGAUCCUAGCGGAAGGGGAAGGUGCCGAUUCCGCCUUCGUGCCCGGCACAACCGCGCUCGACACCGAGGAGCGAGUGACGCCGGAGGAGAAGGAGGAAGCGGAACCGAGGGGGCAGCGUGACCCGGCCGACGGUGACGGGAGUGGCCACGGUAACAGCGGCUCGGCCGAGCGGAAGCGCACCGGCGCCGACAGCAGCAGCACGUGCGGGUCAGACGGAGGAGGCGGGCGGGCGGCGGCGGCGGCGGCGGGUGGUGGUGGCAUCGCUGGUGGAGUAGCCGAGCGGCCGGACCGACUCGGACCGGACGGCGACAAUCAGCCCGAACCGCACCGGCAGCAAGACCAAGCGGCGGAGGAGGACGGUGGAGACGCAGAGGAGGGAAGCGAGCAACAGGAAGCGGCACGAGGGCAGCAGCAGCCGGGCCGGGACGCCAGCGCCAGCAGCAUGCCUGUGCGGGUGGAUAUAGUGCCGCCGCCGCCGAACAACUCCAAACAGCUCGGCGUCACCAAAUCGCUCCUGUACAAUGGAUCCAAGUUUCGCGGCUCCCAGAAAUCGAAGGGCAACGCGUACGAGGUGGAAGUGGUGCUGCAGCACGUUGACGAAGCAAACUCUUAUCUGUGCGGAUAUCUCAAAAUCACCGGACUGACGUUCGAGUUUCCCACCCUGACGACCUUCUUCGAUGGUGAAAUUAUCUCGAAAAAGUAUCCCUUCCUGACGCGCAAAUGGGACGCGGACGAGGAUGUAGAUAGAAAGCAUUUUGGAAAAUUUGCUGCCUUCAGCGAGUACCAGAAGACGUUCAACUCGGACGACUUCGACUACGAUGCGCUAGCGAAGAGUGACUACGUGUUUAUGCGCUGGAAGGAACACUUUCUGGUACCUGACCAUAAGAUAAAGAACAUCAACGGUGCGUCGUUCGCCGGGUUCUACUACAUCUGCUUCCAGAAAUCGCAAGCCGUUAUGGAGGGCUACUACUACCAUCGCUCCUCCGAAUGGUACCAGUCGCUAACGCUGCAGCACGUGGCCGAAUCCUGUAUUCAAAUUUACGAGUUUAGAUAAUUUCCCGUCGUCCCCCUGCAGCCAAACGGGAGGAUGAGUGUGCUGGUGGUGAUGGUGGUGGUGGUUUACAAUGCAGCAUGGCCGUCGCCAGUUGCCGGUGGGUGCGGGUGGGCUAAAGGUAAACCCCACAAGCCGGGGGUUUUCUUACCAGUAAGUGACGCUAACCACACACACACACACGUACACGUUGAUAGAUUUUGAAUGGUUUUUCUUGUUUUUUCUUCUUACGUUUUAAGCCACAGUAUGGCAAUUGCGACGGAAUGCGUCCAAAACUUAGCUAUUAGCAUCUAAAACACGCUACAAAUUACCGACAACGAAAUGCCGCACGUCGUGCUGGCCGGAAGGAUUAGCCUAGUAGCGAGACAUAACAGGGGGAGGGGGGGGGGGGGUUGUCGAGAGAGGGAAGGAAAAACAGUAGAUGAUAUGGUCUCCCAGAAUUAGUGAGAAAACGGAUGGUUCAAGUAAAUUUAGCACAACGAACAAAAACAGCAAACACAUUUUUGACCACACACACAAAAACAAAAAGAAAAAAGAAACCCUAUCGUAACGCAAAAUAACAAAACGUAACGAAGGCGGCAAAAUGAUAGAAAAAGGAUAGAAUUUUUUUUUCAAUUAUAUAAUUAUUUAAAUUAAAAACGAUUAUCCGCUCAUUGCUAACUUUAUGUACGUUAGUUAUAUAUAACAAAUAUCUUUAAAAAAAAAAAGAAGAAGCUAUUACUAAAUUAUCGGGCAUACCGAUAAAUGUGGUUGCCCGUUCUGUGUGAGUGAGUGAGUGUGUGUGUUGAAAUUUCUACAUUUUAUUCCUUACAAAAUAAUGAACAGACACAAGCUUACAUAUUUCAGCAGGCAAUAUUUUGCAGGGAACCAGUUUAUACUCAUUCACACACACACAAACACACAUUACAGGGUUUUCCAGGAGUUAUAUUAAAUGUAGGGCACUUUAUUCACUCUUUCUUACAUAAAAUGAACUUAAUGUAAUGGGAAUUGGACUCUAUAGCAUCCUUGUUGAACAAAUCCAAUUGGAAUUUCCAAGGAGUCAGUCCAAAAAGGGUGCCAUAGAGUCCAAUUUCCAACAUAUGAAGUUCACUUCCAAUGGGAAAGAGUAUAAGAAGUGUCCCAUAAGCAUGAGAACCCCUGGAAAAUCCUGUAUAGAAAGGAAUAGGGAGUUUUCCAUUAUACGGGUUUGCGUUGAUAUUACAUUAUACCGUAGCCCGUCAAGGGUUUUAAUUGUUCAUUAAUUGCUUGCUGGUCUUUGGAUUUUUGCUACAUUUUGUUGACACAGUUUCUCGCCGACCUUCUUCAGAGUGGUCAGAGCUAUCGUUCACAAGGCAAUGAGGCGUGUGCUUGUGUGUGUGUGGCAGCGUGCAGGAGUCAAUGUACAGAUAAGACAGUUUAAGAAGACAUUAAACCAUAUAACAAACGCCCGAAAGCUGUGCCCGGGCGAGGAGAAAGCUCCGAUACACGCAAUAGCUACUAGUUGUAAUGUAAUGUCCUAAUCUGCCUCCUGCACAACAAUCAUGCAGUGAAACCCGAACAUAGCAGCAAACAAACAAACAAGAAAAAGACAAAUGAAAAAAAAAAGAUGAAUUCAAAUGUAAUUAAACGCAGUAAUAACCAAGUGUUUUCCCCCCAUUUUACCAUGUUAAUAUUAAUAGAAAGCCCCCCCCCCCCCCCCCUAAACAACAGCAACAAAAACCCAACCGGCACACACUACAGAACAAAAGUAAAGGAGCAUGGGGCAUAGUUGACUCAAGCCAAGGCACACGUAACGCGUAUUGAGCCAAUAAAGCAAAGUAAAUAGUAUAACUCUUAAAACAAAGACUGUAACGGAAGAAAAACACGUGCUGUGGUGUGGCGUUGAGUGUGGCGUGCGCGCGCGCGCAAUCGCUCUCUUUCUAUCUUUCUCUCUCUCUCUGAGUGUAUGUGUCCUGGGGAGGACCAGAGGCGGACACACUAGCAGGUUGUAGAAAGUAAGCGAUAACAAACAAAUAAUAAAA